GAAGGAAAAAAGUGAAAAUAAUUUCUUUCGUUUUGUCGUGCUUAUGUUGGCAGUGCAGCCUUUGGCGGUCGUUUUAUCCUUAACUCAACAGAACUGCUUUCUCACGACGGUCGUGUUCCUCUACAUUUUCCAGUUCAAUUCUUCACACACAAAAACAUUUGCUCAUAUAUUCUCUCUCUCACUAACUUCAACAAUCUCAAUUUCUUCUUUCUAAUCCAACCAAAUUUCACACUCACACUCACACUCGUCAAAUUCAAACCAAAAAUGUCUGUUUUUUCCCCUCCAAUACAUUCACCACUUCUUCUAAACACCCAAACCAAUCUUUCUUCAUCUUCUUCACCUUCUUAUCUUCUACCUCUUCUCACUUUCUCAUCCAAACGCUCUUCUUCACUGACCCUUUUCUCUUCUUCAAAAUCUGGAGAUGGGUUGGCGAGUAAAGAUAAAAAAAUCUUACUUGAACAGUAUGGUUAUGAUAUCGACGCUGAUGACUGCUUUUCUCAAUCAUCCCCAAAGUCCAAGAGGAAAAAGGUUCAACAAAAGACAAAAGGUGGAGGGAAGCAAGUACAAGAUCCACCCGAGGAACCUAAGCCUCCUCGUACUACACAUAAAUUGCUUCAGGUUAUUGGAGGAACAGCUCGAAGAACGAAGCUACUCUCACCAAACAGCAUGGAUGUACGCCCCAUGAUGGAGGUCGUGAAAGGUGCAGCCUUUGAUAUAUUACAGUCGGCUUGUGGUUCUCCUGCAUCCUUGAGACCUGGACGCUGGUUAGACUUGUAUAGCGGUACCGGUUCUGUUGGAAUUGAAGCACUUAGCCGAGGAUGUUCUGAGGUGCAUUUUGUUGAGAUGGACCCUUGGGUUGUAUCGGAUGUUUUACGUCCAAACUUAGAGGUGACCAGAUUCGUCGAUGAUUCAGUCAUUCACACCGUUCGCGUGGAGAAAUUCUUCGAACUCGCAGAGCAAUUUGUAGGAAACAAGAGCACAUUCGAUUACAUCAGCGUCACCCCUCCAUACGAACAAGUUGACUAUGUGGUGCUAAUGAGAAUGAUUUCGGAAUCACCCUUUGUUGGAGACGACACUUUUAUCCUAGUUGAGUAUCCGUCAAAAACCGACAUGCUGGAGUCUUGCGGAAGUCUUGUUAAGAUAACCGAUAGGCGGUUCGGCCGGACGCUAUUGGCAAUUUAUGGACCAGCAUGGGCUCAAAAGAAGAGGAAAUCAAACAUUCAAAAAAUACAGAUGUAGUAAAGGUUGAUAAGCUUGAUGUGGGAAUGUUUAAAACAGUUAUGAGGACUUUAUUAGUUACUUGAAAUUUAGUUAAGGACUUAUAGGGAGUAAGUUACUUAAACUACCUAUACAUGUAUUAUACAUUCAAGUUCGAAUUCAGAUUUGGUGCAGUCACAAACAAAUACAGUGCCUAUAAUAAGUCUAUUGCGUCUUUCA